GCCCCGCGGCGUGUGGGCGCCGCGGGUCCCGGUCCCGCCAUGGCGGCGCUGCCCGGGCCGCGCAAGCGGAGCGGUCCCGCGCUCUGCGGGGACAGCGGGGCCGCGGCCGCCCCGCCGGCACUCCGGAACGUCCUUCCCCCGCACAAGCGCUCCAAGAGCGCCGUGACCGGCAUCGUGGACCCCUUCGGGGACAGCGAUGACUUCACGGCGGACGACCUGGAGCAGAUCGACAUCCUGGCCUCGCAGGCGCUGUCGCAGGAUCCGCCCGCGGGACACGCGUGGCGAGCCCCGGAGCUGCCCCGGGGCGGGCGGCAAGCAGGAAGCAGAGCAGAAGAUGGUCUGAUGAGAGAUGCAUUCCAAUUUGAAGUGCUGCAGACACAGCAUGAAGAAGUCAAACAGAAGCUGAAAGAAAUGCAGGAUGAAAUUCUCACUAAAAAUGGAGAAAUUAAAAUUCUGCGUGACUCAAUGCAGCAGAUGGAGCAUGCUAUGGAAGAACAGAAAAAAUCAUAUCUGCUACUGGAACAGCAAAAAUCUCAGAUUUUGAGUGAAAAAGAAAAAGAGUUCUCCAAAAAGUUACAGUCGCUGCACUCCGAGCUGCAGUUCAAGGACGCAGAAAUGAAUGAAUUAAGAACACGACUUCAGAACUGUGAAAGAAACAAACACCCUUCUCAGGCAGUUCCAACAACAAGCCCUAAAAAGAAUCUUGUGGUACAAGUGAAAUCAGGAGGAUGUUCUCCACAGCCAGAAAGAAGAUCUUUUCCUACAAAGGAAUCCUUCAAUGCUGAAACAUCCACUAGGCCAUCGAGUUCUUCAGGAAAUUUGAUGGCCCGGACAACUUCAAUCAAGGAAGACAGGAAGAUAACCCAUCCUGAAGUUUCAUCCCUGAAGCAGCACAAAGCAACAGGAAAAAAUGGUUCCUACAGCUCUGUCCCCAAAUGGAAAACACGAGGUUCUAUCUUGCUGAAUGCACUGAUGAAGCAGCCCAUAGUCCCUGGGUCACUUCUAGGUUUCUGCCACCUUCUCAGCAACUCUGAGCCUCUGUCUGGAGCUGUGUUGCCACCCAACUCUUUGGAUACGAAGCCCACACAACUCCCCAGCAGCAGGACAACUCAAGAAGGAAUUUCUCCUCUUGUAUCCCUGCAAGAAGCUCAAAAACUGGCAAUAACAGGACUGAACUUGAUUGCUCUGGAUGAAGGAUUAUCUGAGGGAAGCCCAGCAGAAGGCCAGGGAGGGCUCCUGCCCCUCACACAGAGCAGGAUCCGGGGUGCUGUGCAUCUCCUGCCCUUGGUGGAGCACCAUGUUGGUGCCUUCUGCCGAGCAGAGCAGCUCGGGGACACGCCAGGGAAUGGAGCUUGUGGGAGCCACCCAGCUGCUGGUUCCAGAGCCAGCACAAACACAGGCUCAGGCAAGGAGGACUUCAGGUUGAACCUUGAAGAAACUACUCUUGUAUCACUGGGGAUCCUUUAUUAUCUGGUGUUCUACAGCUGGGAUGUUGUCCACACAUUGCUGUCUGCUGAAAAGGAAAACAGGUCUGCUGCUGGAGAGGAACAGGUUUCCAAGACGGACAAAAAUGUGUCGUGUGACAAUCAGUGUGACAAUAAAGAAGAGAGCAGGACACAAGGAGGGCUGGCUGCUCCACAGGAUCCUCCCAAUACUGAUGGAGCUCAACAUUCUUUGUUUAAAAAGCUGCUUCAGAUUUUAGCUUUUUCUGCUGCAAGGGGUUCCCAGACUGACAAUAUCCUGAGCCAAAGCCUAAAAGUUUUGGUAAAAUUAGCUGAAAAUUCAACUAUGGACUUAUUAAUAAAUUUCCAGCACAUACUGAGUAGCCAGGUGCUGCAGUGCUGCCUGAGGCCCGAGAGCCCUGUGCCUGCCGUGCUUCUGACUGUGAGACUCCUGUGUGCUCUUGCUCAGCACCACCUGCUGGCUGCUCAGCUCUGUUCUCGUUCAGACACCUGUCUUCUCCUUGCACUCUACAUGUACAUAACAUCAAGACCAGAUAAAUCAGCAUCUGAAAUGCUUUGGCUUCAGCUGGAGCAAGAGACAGUGAGGCUCCUGACACGCUGCCUGUGGUGCCCCAGACCAGCAGUUUUAUUUCCUGGCACAGACUGUCAGUGCUACCUCGAGGUGGUUAAGGCACUAAUUGUGAUGCUGCACAGACAGUGGAUGAAGAUUAGAUCUGAGAGCAGCUUGUGUGCACAUCGGGAACGAGUUAUUCAGUUCUUACGGGACGCUGUUUUACUCUUGCACAGCCUGUCUCAGAAAGAUAAACUGUUCCAUGAACACUGUUUGGAAGUUCUCCAUCAAUAUGACCAAGCCCUGCCAGGCAUAAGAGCCAUUCUCAAAAAGACUCAAAAACUGAAUGCCUCUGAAGAGCUGAUUUUGGAUGAAUUGUAUCCUCCUGAGCCAGAAGAGCAAGGAACAGACUCCAGCUAGCCAACAGCAAAGAUCUCUGUCCUUCCUCAUCUGAAUCAUCAUUGCCAAUGUAAAUGUGAACUUUGAAUCAUCCUUUUAAGUGAUAAUCUUGGGUUGCACUCAAACACAGCACAACUAAGACACAUUUCUCUGUUGUAAUUAUUUCAGUGCUAUCUAAAUGUAGCUGAAAGCAAAGGAAUUCUGAUGAGAGUGAUACUGCUGUGCAAAUUCACUCAAUGGCUUAUGACUGGUUCUGGUAAUGAAUUCCAUCCUGUAUGAAACUGCUGUGAAUGGAAUGGAAAUUUCUCUCUAUUCUCCAUUUUCCUGUGACUACAGCUGAAUUUAUGGUGCUGAGGUGUUUGGCAUCACUGCAUUCACAUGAAAGCCUUUUGAACACCCUUGUGUCUUUUGUAGCUGUACCACUUCCUUGUGUGACUUCCAGAAUUUUCAUACUGUUGAUAUUAGUAAACAGUUUAUGGUGAUUUUAAAAAAA